UUGAUCUUACUGACUUGGAUAUUUAGGAGAAGGAGAUUGUCAUUAUUCUUUGCCAAUUACAAAUGUACUUUCCUCCAUCUUUCUUCGAUGUUAUGGUUCAUCUAACUGUUCACUUAGUUAUGGAGAUAAAACUUUGUGGUCCAGUGUAUUUAAGAAAUCAGUGGGCUUUUGAAAGACAAAUGAGAACAUACAAGGGAUAUGUAAAGAAUGCUUAUCGACCUGAAGCCUGCAUUGCCGAGCGACAUCUUUAUGAUGAUGCGAUGACAUAUUGCAACAAGUAUUUGAAGAAUGUGAAGAUGGUCGGGAUUCCUGAGUCUCGACAUAGUGGACGACUUGAUGGGAAAGGGACUAUAGGUAAGACACAACUCGAUAUGUCUCCUGAUAAACUGCAUAUGGCACAUACAUAUAUUCUCCAUAAUGAAGAUGAAGUGGUACCAUAUAUUGGAAAACACAUGGCUCACUUGAGAAAGAAUCGACGUAAGGUAGCUGAAAAGGCUUUAACCAUUGAGCAUAAUAAAACAUUUUCUAAAUGGUUUAAAGAUCAAGUGAUGAAUGAACUCAAGGAUUCCUCAAACUCUAUUUCCAAUCGACUCAAGAGUUUAGCAUAUGGACCACAUUUCAAUGCCUCCUUUUAUGCAGCAUAUGUCAUUAAUGGCUGCACAUUCUACACCAGAUCCCAAGAUGAAAUCAGUACUAUGCAAAAUAGUGGGGUAACUGUUGAAGCUGAAGCUAUGCAUUUUUCUAGUGCUAAAGACAAACGCCCAAGCUACAGCAAGAUGCAAUAUUAUGGAGUAAUUGAAGAGAUAUGUGAACUGCAGUACUUUGAUUUUUCAGUUCCUCUUUUUGGGUGCAAUUGGGUUGACAGCAAGAGCAUUGUCACAGAUGAUGUAGGUUGUACAUUGGUUAAUUUAAGCAAAAUUGGUCAUAAGGAAGAUCCGUUCGUACUAGCAAGUCAAGUAAAACAAGUGUUUUAUAUGACGGACCCAAGUGACAAGAGGAUGUCUGUGGUUAUAACACCAAGGUCUCGUAUUGCCAUAUAUGACGUUGAUGAAGAUAUUACAUUUGAGGAGAAAACUUUGACAAAAUUCAUUGAAUUUGAGGAUGAUAUAGAUGACAAUCCAUCAACGUAUGUACGGGAAGACCAUGACGAAGGGAUUUGGGUUGAAGAAAAAACCAUUGAGGGAAAAUCCCAAAAGCGUCGUCGUACAUCAAAAACUUAAGAAGAUUGAGGCUAAUGGCAGAUAAGAAAAAAUCUAUACUUGCUAAGCGAGUACGUGAUGAAGCAACAACUGAUGAGAAUGAUAGUGAUGAUGGUGAUCACAGGGGUCGUACUGUACUUGCAGUUGGAAUGGACUAAGAAACCUGAAAUUCCAUGUGGUGAACAUAAAACUACCUUCUGCUCAUACAUAGGUAUUAUUGCUCGUGAAAGAGUCAAUAUUAAUUACAAGGACUGGUCUGAUCUUCGGGAACAACUCCUUGACGAAGUGUAUGAAUUCAUAGCUGGUUUGUGGUACUCGAACAUCGUAAAAAUUGGAUUUUGUCACGAGCUGGAACUCGUUGGAGAGCUUGGAAAGCUAGAUUAAGGAAGAAUUGGUUGUAUAGAUCUACAGGCAUCAUAAGAGAAAAGCCACCAAAGGCUUAUCCGUGGAUACUUCAAACAGAUUGGGACAAAUUCAUCAAGUAUUGUACAUCCAAGGAGUUCAAGGAAUUAAGCGAAACUAAUAGAAAAAAGGCAAAUUUGAAGACAUCUAGCUAUCGAGGAGGGCGACUUGGGUAUCAACAUUUUGAGAAAGAGCAUGAAAAAGAGCUAGAUGAACAAGGGGUUCAUCUUGAUCAAGUUCCUAGGCAUUGGACUUGGAUAAGAGCUCAUUCUCAUGUGAAAGACGGAGUUAUUACCUUUAAGAAUCCAUCCGAUUUAGCAAUAGCUAAGGAAAUUCAAGCACUGGAAGCUCAACAAAAUAACGGAGAGAUAGUUGCUGAAGGAAGAAAUGACAUUUUAGCAAAAGUUAUUACGAAAAAAGAGCAUGGUGGUUGUGUAAGAGCCGUUGGAUCAGGCAUAACAAAUAAGGAGUACUUUGGCUUCAACAAACCAGCACCACCUAAAUAAUUACACUCUGUAAUCAAUCGUAUGCACACAAAAAUGAUGGGCAUGGAGAAAAAUCAGAAUUAUAUGAUGUCUUUUAUAAUGACGUGUUGUCAAUUGAAUCAAGAGCAAUUGUGUGACUUCAUGACAAAAUUUGGUGAUUAUGUUGGCCAGGGAAUGGGUGG